AUGACCACAAGAUAUUCGAAACAUUUUGAGAGAGCUUUCAAUUUUACCCGUUUCUUUUCGGAAUUAUGUGGUGCUGAUGUGUUAAAUGAUGAUUAUCGUAUGUCUUGGGUAACUUGGUAUGUAAUACAUUUGUUAAAUGCUGCCAUUGGCUUUACCAUUUAUACAGUGUAUGUGGGCAUGGUUAAUGAAAACGAUUGGACUUUACCGCUUAAAUGUCUCUGUAUGUUUUGUACGGGCAUACAAGGUUAUGCCAAACUUAUUAAUGCCAUCCAGAAGCAACAACAAUAUCGUUUCAUUCAUAAGGAAAUCAUUGGAAUUUAUACCGUUUACGAGCAAAGAAAGAACUAUCAUAAACUUUUAAAAGAAAGUAUAUCGUUGGUUAAAACACUUUUAAACAUUUUAUUAGCAAUUGUUAUUUUAGUAACUUUAUCCAUUAUUGGUGUUCCCAUUUUCUAUAAUCUAGUGUUUAAUGAACGUAUCUUUAUUAUGCCGUUCUUUUUUCCCUAUGUCAAUUAUAAUACCAAUUUUGGUUAUUAUUUGACAUCUACAUUUCAUGUCAUUUGUGUUCUUUUCGGUGGUUUUGGCAAUUUUAUUAGUGAUACCUGGUGUUUUAUGUUUGCUGCUCACAUUCCUCUAACUAAAAACAUUUUACUGGCCAAAUUUAAAGAAUUAAAUGAAUUAUUGGAAAAAGAUCCUUUAGAAUGUGUUGAAAUUAAAAAUAAAUUAAAGGAUAUUUUCCAAUGGCAUCAGAAGUAUUUAGUAUUUUCCAAAACGGUAAAAAAUCUAUUUUUCUGGGUUAUUUUUAUACAAGUUGCCAUGGAAUUUGUCAGCAUUGUCUGUACGAUUGUGUGCAUUUUUUUGAAUGUAUGGCCAGCAGCCCCUGUAUUUUUAUUCUAUUCAGGCGUUUUAUUCUAUUUUCACUGUGCUUUGGGAAAUUUGGUAGAAAUUUCGAAUGAUGAUGUCAUUUUUAUGAUUUAUGACUGCGAUUGGUAUAAAUUAAAUGUUUCACAGCAAAAAAUGAUUUUAAUAAUGUUGCGUGAAUCUCAACAAUCUGACGGCAUGUCUAUUGGUGGUGUUGCUCCACUAACCUUAAAUACAGCUUUACAAUUGACCAAAACUAUUUAUACCUUUUCCAUGAUGUUAAGGAACUUUCUAAAAUAG